UAUUUGUUGCAAUUUUAUUUUUUAUUUUUUUUAUUUUCAACAGAAUUGAUGACAUGGUUAAAGACCAUCAUCUCUGCAAUGAAUCGGCACAGCUGCAUGGACAAACUGUGACGUCUUAUGUACUAGAUGUAGUGGUUGUUUCUUUGUCACUUCUGAUAAUAUGUGGGAAUCUUCUUGUAAUCAUCUCUGUCAUUUACUUCAAACAGCUGCACACUCCAACAAACUUCCUCAUCCUCUCUCUGGCUGUGACUGACCUGCUUGUUGGAGCUUUAGUUUUACCUUUCAGUGCAAUAUUGUCUAUGAGCUCAUGCUGGUAUUCAGGUUAUUUACUCUGUAAAAUGCGAGAUCUUUUUGACAUAUUACUAUGUGCAUCAUCCAUUUUAAACUUGUGCUGUAUAUCAAUAGAUAGAUAUUAUGCUGUGUGUCAUCCUCUAACAUACAAAAGUAAAAUGAAUGGUUGUGUUACUCUGACUAUAAUCCUAGUGAGUUGGACUCUUUCAGCUUUGCUUGCUAUAGCAAUUAAUGUCCGUGGAAAAGGUGAAGAAAAUCUCAACUGUGAGAUUUUUGUUGCAACAAAAGAGUCAAGCCCUGGACCAAUUUUUGCAUUUUACAUUCCAGCAAUUAUCAUUUUAACAAUCUAUCUUAAAAUUUUGACAGUAGCAAAGGGGCAGGCAAGGCGAAUACAAAACACUUUAAAAUCUGAGGCAGCUCUCAGUAAGAUGGAGAAAAAAGCCAACGUAACUCUGACUAUAGUUCUGGGAGUCUUCCUCAUAUGUUGGACUCCUUUCUUUGUAUCACAGGGUUUGUACAGUAUGGGCAGGCUCACAAUACCAAUUGUGGUGAUUGAAGCAUUUAAAUGGCUUGGAUGGUCUAAUUCUAUGUUAAAUCCUUUGGUUUAUGCUUUCUUCUACAGGUGGUUCAGAAAUGCUUUUACAAUAAUAAUUUCUGGUAAAAUAUUUCAAGGGAAUUUUACUAGUGCAAACCUGUGUCAUAGUUAA